AUGCGCUUAUUCGUCGUCUUGGCUCUCACCACACUGGUCGUAGUUCAUUCGGCGCCGACGCCGAUCGUUGAGAAGAUCAAGAGGGUUCUGGAAUUCCUCAAGCACGCCAAGACGAUUGGAGAAUACGCGAUCAGCACACCGACCGGUAUCUAUCCGAUCAAGGAUAUCAAUGAUGAGAAUCUGCUCGAUAUUUUCCGAUUCCGGCCUGAGAUUGAGAAGCUUCGUCGUGAGGAGGCGGCCGCCAAAAAGGCUUCUGGAACUUCUGCAGCGGGAGCCGCGAAAGCCUCGCUUGCUGUGAACUCGGCGGCUGGAUACGAUGUUGAUCAAGCCGAAGGUUCCGGAGUCGUUGAAGGGUCGGGAAGCGAGGGAUCCGGCGAGGAGCCUUCCACCACCGUCGAGACACCGCUGACCGCUGACACCGGAUCCGCCAUCGUUCUUCCACCGAUCCCACCGCCAGGCAAACUCACGCCGCCGGCUAGCGGAUAUGUUACCAGCAAUGAAGAAGCGCCCUCAACGCCAGCUGGUGAUGUUGCUGUCCCAGCGCCAGCCGCGUAUGAAGUCAACGAGCCGGGAGUCGAACCAUCGCCACCAUCGCCAAUUGAUGAAUCCACCGCCGCUCCAGAGACGACUCCCGAAGCUGCUGCUUCUGCUUCUUCUCAGGGAUACGAUAUUGACUCGGCUGCUCCAGCUGAAGCGUCUUCCACUGCCACCUCAGCUCCAGAAUUGCCAGCCGCUGAGACAACUGCUGCCCCACCUACUGAAACUAAUGACGAGAGCGUCAAGACCGAAGCUGCUCCAGCUCCAGAAGCUUCAGCUACCCCAACUGGCACUUCCGAUGAGACUUCCGCUUCUCCUGAAACUGCCGCUACUCCAGCUCCAGAAGCUCCAUCUACUUCCGACGAAUCUGCCGGAGCCCCGGAAACUCCUGCUACCGUUGACACUUCAAAACCAGCCGAUACCGCCGCUCCAGAAGCCGCCACCACUGCUCCAGCUACUGAGACUCCAGCCGCCACUGAUGGUGCUGCUUCACCGGCUCCAGAAACCCCAGCCGCUUCACCAGAACCAGCAGCCGCCGACGGAUACGAUGUCGCUCCAACUCCAGAUGUCCCAGCUGUUGAACCCAAGACUGCACCAGCACCAGCUUCGUCAGAGGCUGCCCCAGCUGCCUCAAGCGCUCCAUCCACGUACGAUUCGGCUUCUGCCAGUGGCGCUGCUUCUGAAGCCACUCCAGCCUCGAUAUCCUCAUCAGCUUCAGGAAGCUCUGCAGUUCCAGAAACUCCUGAAACGGCGCCAGCUGCGUCAAGCGCAACAUCGACGUACGAUUCCGCUUCUAACGGUCCAGCUGCAAGUGCUUCAGAAGCCGCUCCAGAAGCUGCUCCCGAAGUAGCUAAAGCUCCAGAAGCUGCCCCAGAAGCUUCUCCAGCUCCUGAAACCGCUCCAUCUGCAUACGAUUCAGCCGCCAGUGCUCCAGAAGCCGCCCCAGCUCCGGAAGCCUCCCCAGCUCUAGAAGCCGCUCCAGCUCCAGAAGCCGCCCCAGCUCCAGAAGUCUCUCCAGCUCCAGAAGCCGCUCCAGCUCCAGAAGCCUCUUCAAAAGCAACAAAGGCCCCAGAAGCCACUUCAGCUCCAGAAGCUUCCCCAGCUCCUGAAACCGCUCCAUCCGCAUACGAUUCAGCCGCCAGUGCUCCAGAAGCCGCCCCAGCUCCAGAAGCCGCCCCAGCCUCAGAAGCCGCUCCAGCUCCAGAAGUCGCUCCAGCUCCAAAAGCCGCUCCAGCUCCAGAAGCUUCCCCAGCUCCUGAAACCGCUCCAUCUGCAUACGAUUCAGCACCUCCAGAAGUCGCCCCAGCCUCAGAAGCCGCUCCAACUCCAGAAGCCGCCCCAGCCUCAGAAGCCACUCCAGCUCCAGAAGCCGCCCCAGCCUCAGAAGCCUCUCCAGCACCACAAUCCGCUUCAUCUGCGGAAAACGCGCCAUCUUACGAUUCCGCCUCGACCGGCGCCGCUGCUAGUGCUUCAGAAGCUGGCCCAGCUCCAGAAGCCUCCGCCUCCGAAACACCAAAGUCCGAGUCGAGCGCUCAAGCAAACACCGCCGCCGAGGCUUCGACACCGGCCGCCAAGACACCAGAAGCGUCAGCACCAGUCGUAACCGCCGAAGCGGCUCCAGAAGUCGACGGAUACGUGUCAGGAACCGCGCAAGCGUCGCCAGCAUCAUCCGCCGCCGCCGCCGACACCGCCUCCGAAUCAUCAUCGGCCACGGCCGCCGCCGAACAAUCAUACGACGCGCAAAACUUCGCCAUCGCCCGAAAAGCGGUGGUGCGUCGCGCCGCGUUCGUCGGAUGGGGACGCGUCUAA